UUUCCCACAUGACAAUUAAAUAUAUUGCGGAGCUGUAAGGCGUAGAAAUUAAAAUCAAAGAAAUCAAUUCCAACAAUGGAAACACCACCACCUUCACUGUAAAAUGAAUUUAUUGGAGCGCUUGGCUAAUGGUGACAUAAAAUUGGAACUUGGCUGUGGCGGCAGGCUGCCACUUACUCCGUCAAUGGCGACACAUUGCCGCUUGAUUUGGGACAUACUGAUGAUCGACUACUUUCGGCAGAAUCAGUAUCCCAGAGUCAUCCCUUUGCCCCUUGUGAGGAGCAGGGAAAUGGAAAUCAUUGGCCAGUGGGCGGAAUAUCACUUCUACAAAAAUGAAGCGGAGAUGCAGCAGACGCCGAUCCUAACCUGGGAGGCCAACUUAUUGAACCUGCCAAUCUGCGAGUUUUUAUUGCUCAUGGAGGCGUCCAUACAUGUAAAGGCCAAGGCGCUGACGGAGCUGAUCAUUCGUUUCGGACGCAGCAUUGUAAUGGGCACAACACCAGAGGUUUCGAGUGGCCUCAAAAUUAAGUGCACCCUUCCGCCCCACAUGAAGCGGAAGUUGAUCAAACACGGUGUCACACUGAACGGCAUCAUGAAAGUAAUGGACGAAAUGAAGAACUACGAAUUGUUUGAAUCUGUAUCUGAAUCUGAGUCCGAAUCUGACGCAGAAUAAUUAACAUUUACAAAUAAAUUCACAUGUAGA